AUGAUAUUCCAGGUUGGCACGGAUCUGAAAACAAUUUUAAAGGCGCUAUAUAAGGGAGAAACAGCGGAAUGUUCAAAAGGCGAUGCUGGUGAUGACGUUAAUUUACGGAUGAUAUGUCUCGGUGCGGAUGAGUCGUCCCUUUUGGCGGUUAUUGACCUCGUUCCCGAGUUCCUGCCAGCACCAAGGCGGGCAGAACCCGAGGACGUUGUGGCGCUGGAUUCGCGCUCUCGUAUGUGUCCGCCCCGCGAGGGUCAGAAGGUUCUCCAGUCACACGCUGAAAUGCGCAAUUAA